AUGAACGCUCAAUUCCAAGCAACGCUCUCCGACUUUGAAUCUAAACUCAAUGCCCUAAUCACCAGCCUCACCACCUCCCCAACCGCCGCCGGCGCCCCCUCCGCGGCCGUGAGCCUCCUCAACGCCGACGACUCGCUCACCUCCGCCGUGGAAACCCUCCGCCAGCACCAAGCGAACUACGCCCGGAUUCUCAAACUGCGCGCCGAAGCCGAGAGUCUCGAAGAUCGCGUGAAGUCGAUCGUUCGCGACGUGGUUCACUACGAGAACGAGAUCCGGACGACCUGCGACGAGGAUGACGAGGAUAGUGAUUCGGAUUUAGACGAUGAUGAGGACGAGAGCGAUCUCUCUGACGAAGAAAGCCGACCCCGUCGUACAGGCCUCCGCAGGACAAAGGAAGUCGAAUAUAAACUCCUUCUCGACUUCGCGCGACGCAUCAGCAAAUACAAUCUGCAAGCGGCGGCCGACGCAGCGGAGGGGAUCCACGGGAACGAAGCAAAGACGCGGAAACGGAUCGAGCAGGAAGAUCAGAAUCAGGAUUCCGAGAUGACAGGGACGAACAGCAACGCGAACGUCAACGCCAACGGCACAGAGACAGAAGGAGGACCCGGCGUGGAGACGGUUUCGUCCGUCACGAAAGACGCGACCGCCUGGCUGGACGAGUCGGCCAAUUUGACGCGCCAGGUGUACAUGCUGCCGUAUCCAAUGGAGGAUCGCAUUCGCGGCGGCCUGAUGGGCCAGAUCCAGCUGGCCGCGGCGGAGGGACGACCUGGGUUCGACGCUGACGGGGAGGUGGAGCGGUUGAUUCGCGAGGCGGAGGGGUCUGGUGUGGCGGAUGCGAUGACGCCCGUGCAGCCUGGGGAAGGCGCCCGGCAUGCUGACGAGGCGGCCAUGGCGGCGGCUCAUGCGGGUUCGGCGGCCACCAGUGCCGGGAGGACGGCUGCGCCGCCGCCAAAGCCCAAGGCGAUGCUGGAUUUGGAUCUGUAUGAUCCGGAUGAGGACGAUGUUUGA